AUGCAGGGACCGAGACCAGUGGUUCUGAGUGGCCCAUCGGGUGCAGGCAAGAGCACUUUGUUAAAGAAACUGCUUAAAGAUUAUGAGAACAUCUUUGGCUUCAGCGUCUCCCAUACCACAAGGCAGCCAAGACCUGGAGAAGUGAAUGGCAAAGAUUACCACUUUGUGACCAGAGAGGAAAUGCAGAAAGAAAUCGAUGCUGGUGAAUUCAUCGAGCACGCAGAGUUCUCCGGAAAUAUGUACGGGACGAGUAAAGGUGCGGUGCAGGCUGUUCAGGCCCAGAACCAGAUCUGCGUCCUCGACAUCGACAUCCAGGGCGUGAAGAACAUCAAGAGGACAGACCUGAACCCCAUCUACAUCUCCGUGCAGCCUCCGUCCAUAGACAUCUUGGAAAAAAGACUACGUGAUCGAAAGACUGAGACAGAAGAAAGUUUACUGAAGCGUUUGACUGCAGCCCGCGUAGAUUUGGAACUUAGUAAAGAGCCUGGCCUGUUUGACUUGGUCAUUAUUAACGAUGAUUUAGAAAAAGCCUAUUCUGAAUUGAAGGAGAUACUCCUGGAGGAAAUCAAGAAGACCCAAGAAUCCAGGAAGUCCUGAGCUGAGCUUGCUUGGACGUUUUAACUUUGCACAUCAUUCCCGAAGCACGUCACGCCAUUUUAUUCCGAGAGACAUUCCCUUUAGGCUGAUCCUCCUCCCAAGUUACUCUAGGAUGUUUCUAUUAAAAGGAAAGAAA